ACCCUCAACCUCACAGCUCCCACAGCCCCCUUCUGCUGCCUGGCUGACCCGAUUCACAUCACCCGAGGGACUGAGGAGAGGGGACUGGGGCGUGGUCCGCCGGCCGUUCCGCACCCAGCCGUGGACCGACCCCCCCUCCCAGCGCUCAGCCUCCCCUGCCGCACGUCGUGGAUGCGGUAGCUUCCCGAGGCGCCCGGGACGCUCGUCCUGAGUACCCCUGGCCCAUCUGCGGAGGAGGGGACACCUCUGAGCCGCCUCCUGUGGAGUUCGCCGUCCCAGGUGCUCAGAAGUGACCUCCCUGGCUAAAGAGGAUCAUGAACUCCAGUGGUACUUUGGUGACAGAGUUUAUCUUGCUGGGCUUCCCAGAGCUGCACCACCUGCGAGGGCUACUAUUCGGGUUAUUCCUCACCAUCUACGUGGUGACUAUCCUGGAGAACCUGGUCGUUGUGGGGACCAUCCGAGCCAGCUGCCAACUGCACACACCCAUGUAUUUCUUCCUGGCCAACCUGUCGGUGCUGGAAACCCUCUAUACCUCGGUCACUGUCCCUAAGCUUCUGGCUGGCCUGCUGGCACAGGUGAGCACCAUCUCCUUCUCGGGUUGCCUCACCCAGCUGUUCCUCUUCCUUUCGCUCGGCUCCUCUGAGUGCUUCCUCCUGGCCACCAUGGCCUGUGACCGGUACCUGGCCAUCUGCCGCCCGCUGCACUACCCGGCCAUCAUGGACUCGAGGCUCUGUCUGCACCUGGCCCUCAGUGCCUGGCUCGGCGGCUUCCUGGCCUCCUUUGUGUCCAUGGCUCUCAUCUCACAGCUGAGGUUCUGUGGCCCCAACAUCAUGAACCACUUCUUCUGUGAUAUCUCACCCCUACUGUGGCUCUCCUGCUCUGACACCACUGCCAUUGAAAUGCUGGACUUUGUGGCAGCCCUGGCAGUGCUCAUGACCUCCCUACUAGUGACCACAAUCUCCUAUGCCCACAUCCUAGCUACUGUGCUGAGGAUCCCAAGAGGCCCUGGCCGUCAGAAGGCCUUCUCCACUUGUGCCUCCCACCUGGCCGUGGUGGCGAUCUUCUAUACCACCACCAUCUUCAUGUAUGCUCGGCCUCACGCCAUCAGUUCCUUUGACCUCAACAAGCUAGUGUCUGUUGUCUACUCUGUUGUGACGCCCCUGCUUAACCCAGUCAUCUACUGCCUAAGGAACCAUGACAUCAGGGAGGCCCUGGCCAAACUCCUCCAGGCCCCUGGUCCCUGCUGA